UAUGCUAGUCAUUACUUUGAAUGAGAGAAAUAUUACAGAGAGAUAUAAAUGAGCCUGCAGUCCUGGCAACAUACAACAACACGUCUACAUGCCAUAUCAGGAAUCUAAACUGCUUUAAUACAUUAACAUUGCAAGACUUUUCUUCAGGAAAUCACAAAGGACCAGACAAUGCUGUUAUUGCACAGCCUCCUCCACCCUCGGAUCUUUGUCUUCGUUGCUUUCCUGUGGAGUUGUCCAUCACUUUCCCUGGCUGGUAACAUCUUAAUCUAUCCUGUGGAUGGAAGCCAUUGGCUUAACAUGGACAUCCUGCUCCGAGAACUUCACAAGGGAGGUCAUAAACUAACAGUGAUCCGUUCUUCCUCCAGCUGGUACAUACCAGAGAUCGCGGCACACUACGUGUCCAUCACCGUUCCUGUUUUGCACAUCAACAGCCUGGAGGACCCACAGUACAUGGCUUCUUUUCUUAGGAGAAACAUCGACAUUCAACGAAAUGAAGGGUCUGUUUGGUCAUUCAUAGGCCUGCAGAAAGAAAUUCUCGCUCUUUUAGAGGAGUGUCACAGAUCUUCUGCUGAGAUGGUGAGGAUCAUCCUGGAAGAUGAAAAGCUGGUAAACAGACUCAAAAAAGCAAAGUACGAUAUGAUGUUGACUGACCCAGGCUUUGCAGGAGGGGUCGUGUUGGGCGCAUACCUGAAUCUACCAAUGGUGUACAACGUGCGGUGGAUUACGAAUGGGGAGGGUCACUUCGCAAUCGCACCCUCGCCACUUUCCUACAUCCCGACUAUUGGAUCCGUCGUAACAGACAAAAUGACCUUUACAAACCGAAUCAAAAACAUCCUGCAUUAUGGAAUUGGUCAAUACAUAGAUCAUAAAAUCACAAGGCCUCUAUAUCAUGAAGUUAUCAGCAAAUACAUUGACCCAAAUACCAACAUAUACUCUUUAAUCCAAGGAGCGGAUUUGUGGCUCAUGAGAGUCGAUUUUGUAUUUGAGUUUCCUCGUCCUACAAUGCCCAACGUGGUCUACAUUGGAGGCUUUCAAUGUAAACCCUCCAGGCCUCUUCCGGCCGAUCUGGAGACAUUUGUGGAGAGUUCUGGAGAGCACGGGGUGGUGAUCAUGUCUUUGGGGAGUCUGCUUGGAAGUUUGGUUCCUGACAUAUCCGAAGUCGUCGCGUCUGCCUUCGCUCGCCUGCCACAAAAGGUGAUUUGGAGGCACAUAGGGGAAAAGCCAACUUCUUUGGGAAACAAUACACUGGUAGUGGAUUGGUUGCCUCAAAAUGACCUUCUGGGCCAUCCUAAAACGAAAGCUUUCGUCACACAUGGAGGAACGAAUGGAAUUUAUGAGGCCAUCUAUCACGGCGUGCCGAUGCUGGGCCUGCCACUCAUCUUCGAUCAGUUUGACAACAUGGUUCGCCUCCAGGCCAGAGGAGUAGCACAAGUGCUCGACGUCACAGCCCUGGAUGUAGAUACGCUAACACAAGCACUGAGGAACAUUCUAGAUGAAAAUCAACCAUUUCAGAAAAAUAUGCAGAGAAUGUCAAUCCUGCAUCAUGACACACCCAGCAAGCCAAUGGACAAAGCCAUCUUCUGGCUGGAGUUUGUUAUGAGGCAUAAAGGGGCAGCACACUUGCGCACCGAGUCUUAUAAGCUUCCAUGGUAUUCCUACCACAAUGUGGAUGCAUUGAUGCUUAUAACAGGUUUGUUUGUGGUAGCCUGUUGGUUGCUGAUCAUGAUGAGCAGGGCACUGUUAAAAGUUUUUGUAAGAAAAACAAAAACUGAGUGAGGCAACACUAUUUUUUGGUUUAUAAAAUUUAAGAUUACCUUUGAUAGACGAUAUUGAUGUUAAGAUAUUUGUAUUUUAUGUGUCAAGCUUUCCCCAAGUCAGUUGUAAACAUCUGGUUGACCCAAUGUCCUUAAAAUGUUUAUUAAUUAGAGAUGCAACGGAAUAUUGGUUAUAGGUCGAUAAAAGUGAUUUUUCACAAUGUCGGCAGAUUGGGCGCUAUUCCAAGAUAGUUUAAACACAGAAAAUGAUCAGGGCGGAUAUAUCCCGUCAUUUAAAAUAGGACAGGAAAAAGCAAAUCAUUUAGAAAAUGUUAAGAAGCAUCACCAGUUUGAUGUUUAAUAUUAACAGUCAUUAUACAAAAUAAUAACAUUUAGAAAGUUAAGAAAUAAAAAUUUAAUUUUCAGAAUCGGUAUUAGCAGAUAUUACUCUGAAUAA